AUGGUACAGCGAAGUGCUUGGCAGCUACUGAUCCUGCUCCUCAUCGCCGUUUGCGCCACCGUUCACGCCGACCGACAAUGGAGUGCGGGCGUGGGGCUUUGGGGCAAACGAUCAUACGUAAGUGGCAUUUUUUGGAUGCUUGCUCGAUUAAAAAACAUGCUUUACAUAAGUAAUAGUACAGCUUUUAUUAAAAAGUAUAAACAAACGGCUGAAAUCAUGUUUUAACGUUUUUCCUCUAGAACUAAACCUACAACAAUAUAGGCAAAAAUCAUGCCAUUUUUCAACUUUUUCAUAUAAAAACCAACUCAUAGUAUCCCCAUUUUCAGCCUCUAUUACGAAAACGAUCGCCAGACUUCAACCCAAAUAUCGAGAGCAAUCUCUGGGACAAAAGAGCCCAAUGGCAAGCUGCAAACGGCCUUUGGGGCAAAAGGUAAAUAACUUUCUUUACAGUCGUUUUCCUAUAAACCAUUUUCAUCUUAACUUUAUAGUAUAUUUUACUAUAUGUUUUUCAAACUUCGCUUUCAAAACAUAAUAAUACAUUGAAAAAGUCCAACACAUGUCACAUACAUCUACAACAAUAUAAUUAAACUGAUAGCCGUUAAUUUGUCUACACUUACAUCAUGUUUAUACAACAUUUAGCGUUUAAAGCAUCCGUCUCGAGGCCGAAAUUUUAGAUAAUAUACCUUUUUAUACCCUGUAACUUAUAAAAGCAGCUACAUUAAUAUUAAAUGUAUUAUGUCUUUAAACUUCCAUCUAACUAUCACACUUAAUGUCAGUUAAUUUCCGAAAUGCCUCUAAUUCACUCAUAUUAUCUCUUAAAACUUUCAGUUACUAAUAACAUCCAAUUUCAGAUCAGCACCUCCAGUUCCUCAAUAUGCACCAUGGAAUUAG